CCGAGGCGGGGGAGCGACGGCGGGAGGAUGCUGAGCCGCCUGCAGGAGCUGCGCAAGGAGGAGGAGACGCUGCUGCGGAUCAAGGCGGCGCUGCACGACCAGCUCAAUCGCCUCAAGGUGGAAGAACUGGCCCUCCAAUCUAUGAUCAGCGCCAGGGAAGGGAAUGUGACAGUAUCUUCAGCACCGCUAAUGGAGGAGCAUCAAAACAUGGACAACGAAACAGCUAUUAAUCAAACUAAACUACAGCUGCAAAUGCAUGUCAGGGGAGAAGAGGAGGAGGAAGAGGAGGAGGAAGAAUCGGACUCUUAAAGCGAAUGGACUGCAGAUGGACUGCUCUUUAUCCCAGACUCAGGAGCCUCCCUGCUCACCAUCUGAGCACACGGUUUCAUCUGACUUUGCUUGGUGCUACAGAAACUCAACGGUGCCCCACAGCUGCCGCUGGGUAUCCUAAAAGUUUCCAGAGGCACUGAUAAAAUAGAGGGGAGGAGGGAGUGGAACAGUGGUGUGGUGGGAGGGGGUUCUUGGGAGAAUGUAUAAUAAUGUAGCAUGAUUCUCUCUUCUUUUUUUUUAAAGCAAAACAGUUAGAGCCAAGUAGCAUUUGGGAAUCCCACCGUGCAACUCACAAAGCAAUAACAGCCUGUCCUUGCAGGCAUUUACUGCUGGCAAAAUGGAGUGGCUUGGAAGGCCUGAAUACUGUGCCAUCAGCACUCUCCACCCCAUUAGAGCACCCUCCAUUCAGAGCUAUUUGCCUGGGGUCCUUGGGUGCAUUCACCUCCCCCCCCCCCCACAAGGAACCAAUGCUAGUACAGAACAAGACCCCUACAUCCUAACCAUCAAUGGCUCAUAGUAUAGAACUUGAAACAUUUAAGAAAUCAUCUGUGUGUGCUGGUGAGCAAUGGCUGAACCCCCUGGAUUCUUCACUGCUGGGGUGGUGGGAAUGAAAUAUAUGAAAAUGCUACUUCUUUCUACUGAUGUGAGCUUGAGUGUGGGGGUGAGUAUACGUGCUGCAAAUUGGAGAUUUUCGGUUUUCUCCAUGAGGUGCUUCUUGCUGUGAAUGGGGAUGUGUGACAAGUAUUUUUUUUGUCAUUUCACCGAGGAUGAGCUUUGUUGGCAUGAGCGUCUCUGUCUCUUCUGGAACUUGGAAGGGAGCCUGUGAGCACUUUUUGGGAGGGGGGCAUAUUCAACUUGUUCUUGCCCCUGUAGUAGCCGUGCUACAGGAACACGGAGGUUGUUCGCCUGUCUCUUUUCCUUCCGUGCCUCUCUUCUCUCAUUUCCUUUCCUUCCUUCCCUUUCCACCAGUUGCAAGCAAGAUCGUGAACAAGUUUAGAGUAGAACAGAAGAGAGGUAGGCCUGUCAGCGUUGAGGAAUUGGGCUUGCGGUUCUGCUAAGGAGCCAGGGUUCUGUUUUACAGUGCUGAGGACUGCACUAGCUUGCAGUGUGAUGAAAUUCACAGCUCAGGUUUAUGAGAAACAUCAGAGUGAGUGUGUGUGUGUUUGGGGGUGGGGGGGCUGGUCUGAUGUGUGAGGCCAUCCUGAGGUACUUGAACAGCCAGCUGGUAGGUAGCUCUUACUGCUUUCUCUGGUGCUAGCCAUGAAAUAGUACCUGUAGCACAUGCAGGGGGAGAGACUAUGCAGAGAGCCAGGAGGCUGAGAGAGAGACUUUGGGGGCAGAGGCCUGGAAUCUCCGAGUACUAUCCAACAGCAAUUAAUAUUAACUUUCAAAACAAAACCCCAGUCCCUGAAGUAACCUCAUAAUAUAUUUAUUAGUGUAAGAUGAAAAUGUUCAACAUCUGAAAGAAUAAAAUGAUCA